UGUGUGAGGACUGGUCAUAUGUCAUUUUUUCCAAUGCUGCUGUAACUCGUAACAGCUGCUAAAUGACAUGGUAAAUCCAGGACUAACCUGUGUUCGGAUUCAGCUGCAGAUCAUGAGAAUGACCACCAGAUGGUAGCAGAGUACCAAAAUCUCUCUUUGCUGCCAUCUAGUAACUGUGGGGUUUUUUUUUUUUUUUUACAGUCCUCGGACGUUCAUCAUUACAUUCCUCGUCCGAGGUCUAAACCCAGAAGGAAUACGGACACCUGUCUUUUAAAAUUAACUUUCAAAUUUAAAAAAAUACAAGCCAGUCUCUUCCCAGAGAGACAGCCGCAUGCCUUGCCUCACACAGCGCCUCAUUCUUUCUGUUUUCCAACUGAAAAGAAGGGGCGGGGGGGGGAGCUUAGUGGUAAAGCUCGUCCUAGCUCUGGAUUAUCCAAAUCCUGUAAAAUGCGGUGCAACUGCCUUUAGGCGCAAUCUCAUACUCGAACAUCUUCCGCUUCCGUCCGUGCUGUGGAGCUGCUACUUUAACGUCAAGGUCGUGAGAAAGUUGGUGUUUUGCUGUGUUCUGCCCCACCACCACCGUUAUGCAUUCAUUCCCGGCUGGAAGGAGAGAGAAUAAUAAUACGGCGGGAGAAAUAAGGAGUUCAAAUCAGAUUUAAUAGCAAAAGGAUGUGUUGCAACUAACCAACCACAAGUUUCACAAUGUCUGCUGUUCUGAAGCGGUUGUGUUACAUUGGAUUCCAUGUUCUUCAGGGUCAACAGCUGGCCAGUCACCUGGUACAAAGGUUUGGCUUUGAACUGUUUGCUAUACGGGAAGCAGAGAGGAGGAGGCAGCAGGCUUUCCGAAGAGGAGAUGCUGUUUUUGUUGUCAAUGAAGAGCAGGAGCUGACUGGGAAAAACUUUUUGUCUUCAGAUUUACCUUCAGACUGCUGUAAGCAUAAAGGAAUCCUGUAUGAUGUGAACCUGCAGUACAGAGUCAGUACAGCGUCCAAUAUUUGCUUUGAGGUAGACGAUGUCCCUGGCAUCUCCCGAAAUCUACAAGAGAAAGGCUGCAAGAUCCUUAUUCCUCCCUCCACUGAAGCAGAUGAAAAUGGCUCUGUUACUUACUCUGUAGUGAGAUCCAUUGUGGGCAACGUAAGCCAUACUCUUCUUGACCGAUCCCAGUAUGGUGGGCCAUUCUUGCCUGGUUUCUAUGAAGUUGAGGUUGCCCCCAAGAAAUGCCAGAAGGAGAAGGAGACCGUGCAUUUUGACCACAUCACCUAUGCCUGUCUGCAAGGUAGCUCACAGGCUGUGCUGGACUGGUACAAAAACUGUUUUGGUUUCCAGCGCUUCUUCAUCCACCAGCAAGAUGACGCUGUAGAAGGCUUUCGAAUUCAGGGGGAAGACAUGGGCCUUCUUCUUACCGCCAUGCAAUACAGUGAUGAUCGACUGUCACUCUUUGAGCAUGAUUGUAAAUUUGUUCUGGCUGAGUCGCUGCCAACGCAAAGGAUGGGCCAGGUGGACACUUUCCUUCAGCAGCAUGAAGGCGCUGGCAUCCAGCAUGUGGCCCUUCAUACCACAGACAUUGUAAGUACUGCUGCAGCCAUGGCAAAGUCAGGAGUAAGCUUUUUUAAACCACCAGUAUCAUAUUACAAUGAGAAAAGCAAAGAGAAGGAGAUACAGCAAGUUGGGCAAGAUCUUCAGCUCCUGAAAGACUACGGCAUCCUUCUUGAUGCGGUAAUAGACAACGAAGGACAGGAUGAUAGCCCUAGCAUGCUUGAGAAGCAAUAUCUGAUGCAGAUCUUCACUAAACCUCUUUUUACAGAAGAGACCUUUUUCAUAGAGCUCAUUGAACGCCAUGGAGCUGCAGGUUUCGGCGAGAGAAAUGUCCGUGCGCUUUGGAAGUCUGUACAGGAUUAUAUGGAUCGGCAGCAAGGACCCACUCUACUUGAGAACGAAGCGUGACAAAAUGUUUAUUUUGUUCUGCUCAGAGGCGCCUUGAACUGUGAGAUGGGCCCCAAACAAAUUUGAUAAAUAAAUUAUAGCUAAACAAUAUAGUGCUGCCUCAGAUUUGUUAACACAGGAUUAAUGCCCAUGUUAGAACAAAGCAUAUGGACUGAUUUGGUUUAAAGGUGUACUUUCAAAAUUGAUUUUGCAAUCAGUGCUGGCUUGCAUUAAAAAGUAUCCAAGUGA